CUGAACGAUACCUUGAGCGAAGCCAAUCGUCAGGAUGCGAAAGAUUAUUGCACAUUUUUCGAUUAUCCUGUGAGCCUGUUCAGAGGCAGGAUCAGCUUUGUGACGUAUUUAGAUCUGCAUUUCCGUAAUUCUAAAAGUAUCCAAGUUGAUUGUUAUCCUGAUUUUGUGUUCUGUCUACGUGAUUGAUAAGUUUUACGGUGUGCGUCCUAGAGCCAUCUAGUUCAAAGAAAUCGACGGGUCGAUUCGAUUAUUAUUUAGGAUUGCAAAGUGCGCAUUGUGAAGGAGUCAAGAAAAACUACCAUUGAAUAGGACAAUUUGAGGGACCAAAUUCUUCGGUGUUCCCCAAAAGGAGUGAGUGGACAUUUUGUGGAGCCAUGUCCUUUGGCUGUUGGAUAAGAUUGGAUCUUUGUGAAAACAUGAGAAAAGUGAUGGUAGAUAUCGACCGUAUCGCGUGAAGUGGCAGUAGAUGGAUGCCAGCUGCUGAGAGAAAAAAUUGGAUUACUGCUGCCAACGAAUGAUGAUGGAAGAUCCAUUCUUUGUAGUGAAGGACGAAGUAUUUAAGGCACUUAACAAGACUCGUGGACUAUACCUUCGGUGGCGUGAGCUGAACGAUGCCCUAUCCGGUGGCACGACUGCGGAGGCUGAUUGGACAACUACCGAAUUGAAAAAUUCCUUACGUAGCAUCGAAUGGGACCUAGAGGACCUCGAGGACACUAUCAGUAUUGUAGAGAAAAAUCCUAGCAAGUUUAAGAUCGACAACAAAGAGCUUUCCAGUCGACGAAACUUCAUCGAUACAACCCGCGAUGAGGUCAAAUCUAUGAAAGAUCGCAUGAGCAUUAACCGUAACCGGGAUAGAGACAUCACCGCAAGGCAACCCCUGCUGGACAGCUGUGACAACGGGUCGCCCCAAAAUCAAGUGAGCAAGAAUUUCAUCAACAACAACUGUAUUAUCGGAAACGGCGUCAACGCGGGCGGCACACACCUGAACAACUUGAACAACAACAAUCUUAACCUAGCGGGAACCGGAAAGAAUCUGAUCAGCUCAGCUGGGGCAGCAAUGGCGGCAUCACGACACAGUGGAGCCAAGUACUCCAAGCUGGAGAACAACCUGGACGACAGUCCGACGCACUACGCUCCAUCGUCGUCGUCGGUGCUCGACAGUGGAUCGAACCGGUUCAUUGAAGAUACGUUGACCACCCAGCAGCGGAUAAUGGCCUCCCAGGACGAACAGCUGGACGUGAUUAGCGACUCGAUUGGCACGCUCAAAACGGUUUCGCGCCAGAUCGGCGUCGAGCUGGACGAACAGGCAGUUAUGUUGGACGAGUUUGGCAACGAACUAGAGCAAACCGAAUCGAAACUGGACUCUACCAUGAAGAAGGUGGCAAAAGUAUUGCACAUUACUAGUGAACGGCGACAAUGGAUGGCGAUCGUGGUGCUAUCGGUGAUGCUGGUUGUUGUGAUAAUAAUUUAUAUCAUUCUCUAAGUUUAGAACCGUUUAUUUAAAUAUUUUGUUUCGCGACAGGAGAAAACUCAUUUUGAAGAUUCCAUUACGUAAAUGCAAACUAACAGAUCACAUUUCAUUUCACAUUAGGUUUUUAUUCUAAUAAACUCGAUCCGGGUAAAUUCUCCCAAGCGAAAGUGGUCCGCCAGCGUACAUAAAUGUCUAUGAAAGUUCCAAAUUUCUGAGCUUUAUCUUGUGCAAAUGAACUAUAAUGAAAUUCCACAUUUAAGUCGACAGACUGGGAAAGAAUCGAAAAUUCGAAUGGAAGAUUAAUCAAGUCUUCGGCAAAUCAGAACGAAAUAUUCCCUUUUUAUGAAUUGUUUUACGUUCCAUUUAGAGGCAGCAAGUAAGUUGUAAGAGAAAUAGCAACGGUAGCAGUGAUAGCAGUUACACGUAGACUAAUUAUAGUAAGUAAAGUGUUUAAUUUAUACGAGUGAUAAUGCGUGUACAUAUAGUGAAUAUGUGCGUUCUUUUGGCUCUGGUAGCAUCACGACUUGAACCUUGAACAACCUUUCCUUUAUUAUUGAUAUAUAAUAUACCAAAUAUAUUUCUUCUUAUGAAUGGUAGGUAUGAUGCACGUACAAACACUUUUCGUUGUAAUCCGUAGAAGCACUGCAUACUUUUUCCCGAUCUGACGAUAUAUUUAACAAACAAAUCUAGUCAAAAAUGCUUUCAUUAGCAUGGAACUGACAAAGAGAUUUAGAAAUAAAAAGAUUUAUUUUUUGCCCUUUUAUUCAACCUUUUCCAAAUAAAUUUUACAGUUCUCACGGUUUAGAUCAAGAAAGUAGGGGAGCAAAUAAACGUAGAUCAAGAUCAGAGACAUAACAGGAGAAUUAUAUGUAUAUGCGCGGAAGCCUAUUCAAAGCCAAAUUUAAUCAUAUUUUCGAGUAAAAGGAAAAUAACAUUGAUUCCAAUAUAAUUAGCCAUUAUAUUGAUGGUGAGAUAAAUUUUAGGAGGGAAAAGAUAUCCAGAAUAGCGAUAGUAAACAGCAAUAGGAAUGGAUUUUUAAAUGUUUAUUUUCUUUAUUUUUAUAUUGUAUCGAAUAAAAUAAACAUUCAGAAUUAA